AUGGCAGUAAAUCUUUCCCAUAUGAGAAAGGCAGCUAGUUCACCUAAUUUUACGAACGUUGAAGUUCCAUUGAAGCAAACGCAAACAACUAUUAAUAAUGCAAUUAUUUCUGGUAAAGAUUGCAUCUUUACGUCCCAAACUAAGCAAAGCGAAUCACAAAUUUUGAUUGAAAACGCUGUUGCACUGCAAUCUACAGCAAAUACUUUCAAUGAAUCUGUUUCUAAUCUUAAUAUGAAACGAAAUCAUAAAUUACAUGAACAACUUAUUGAAACGAAUAAUACUUUGGAAUCAACAUUGAGCACUUUUACCGAUUAUUCAAAAACUGUGAGUUCGAAUAGAUCAUCAACUAUUAAAUCGAUUUUGAAUGGGGCAACAUCUAUUCUACCAGGCAUUGUUUUCUAUGUUUUUGACUGGGUUAGGUCUUAG